AUGCAACAGCGGUUACUCGCUCUGUCAGCGUUACUCGUCGGCAUGGUUGACGUCAUCUCAGGUCACGGCAGACUUCGAGAACCCCCAGGUCGCUCUACGAUGUGGAGAUACGGGUUUAACACGACAGAAAACUUCAACGACAAUGAAUUAUAUUGCGGUGGAGUUACAGCCCAGCACCAGUUGAACGGCGGUCGGUGUGGGAUUUGUGGAGACAACUACGCUGAUCCCCAGCCACGGGCGAACGAGGCGGGUGGAAAAUAUGGCCAGGGGGUGAUAGUCCGCCACUACCGCCAGGGGCAAACAAUCCAGAUUCACAUUGAGCUUACAGCCCGCCAUCUGGGCUGGAUGGAGUUUAAAUUGUGCCCUACCAACGACGCCAAAAGAAUUGCCACCCAACAAUGCUUGGAUCGUAACGUCUUGCAGAGAGCUGAUGGCGCCGGAACUAAGACUUUCGUUGACAACGAAGUCAGACAUUAUCACUUGCAGUACCGCCUGCCCGCUGGACUGAGCUGUGUUCAGUGUGUGUUCCAGUGGAGAUAUCACACAGGCAACAGUGAGGGUUGUGAUGGUGACGUGUGUUGUGUCGGAUGUGGCCCUCAAGAGGAGUUUUACGGAUGCGCAGACAUAGAGAUCCGUCCCUUGGGGCCCCAUCGCCCAUACUACCCAGCCAGAUUGUUUGAUGGGCGGAAGCGACGGUAA